AUGAAUGGAAAUGAGGUACGUAAGAAGAGUUAUAAUGGACCUCCCAGAACCUAUAUAACUCUAAAAAGUAAAUACGAACAAAUAAAAAAAGAUGUCAGGAAAAAAGUGGCAGGAAAUAAACAACAGUUGUUUAAAACAGGAGGUGGAACUCCACAAAUAAGUCCUUUAACAACUGUUGAAGAAACCAUUUACAAUUUAAUUUUAGUAAGUGUAGAAGGCCUUCCGCCUAGAUAUGACGACAAUGAUGAUGAUAAUAAUUCGAUAGAAUUGCAUCAUGAACCUAUUGAAGAAACUAUAGGCAAUUCACUUGAAGAGGAAGAGAAAUGUGAUGAGAUUGAACAAGAGGAAGAUGAAGAAGUUAUUUAUCUUCAAUGUGAUCAAGAAGAGGUCAAACUUCCAGCAUCUACUUCAGGCACAGUAAAAUGCUUUGAAACUCCUGACAAAGAAUAUUCAGUGAUUAAUCGGCCUCAAAGAUGGAAUCCUAAAUCAUUGAAACGACCUAUAUCUAAGGAAUUGCAAGUUAAUAAUCCUGCAUUCAUAUCAUCAACUGCAAUAUUUACUUCUGACAAAACAGUUAAUAAUCCUGCAUUCAUAUCAUCAACUGCAACAGAUGAACCUGUACCACCAAACACAGAAACUAAUAACCUUACAGUAACUCCAUCUUCAUCACAAGGUACUACUCCUGAAAAUAGAUCUAGUAAACGUUUGGAUUUAUUUCGAAAACGCCAGUUGUUUUUAGAGGAAGCAAGAUUGGAAGAAUUAAAGGCAAUUCGAUUGGAAAUUACAGAAAAAUUAAUAGAAUUUGUAAUUCUACCAGAAUCACAAACUGAAGAAAAUGAAUACAGGUUUUGGACAGUUGAAGAUACAAACAUGUUAAUAGAGUUGUAUGGGUCAUAG